GCGGACCAUCUAUUUUCUGGAACGCCUUGGGCAAAGGCGAAGAGAAAAGAAUGCAGUGGAGAAGACUACCAAUCUCAGCAUUUUUGCCGUUGCUCGUUGCAAUCUUGACGCAUCAUCUCUGGCAGCAAGCUGCUGCAGCUCUUGGUGAUCUCCAAUUCUGUGCAUUCGAGCCUGAGCUCUCCGCUCCAAAAGCGAUGGCCGGGAUUGCCAGCAUAGGCCACAAGCAGGGCAGCCCUGACGCCAACGACGCUGCCCUUCAGAGUUGGCUGUGCCAGGAAGGAAGCCCAAUCAGACAUGACAUGUUCCCCCAGGACUUUGCAUUUGGCGCUGCCACCGCAGCAUACCAGGUGGAGGGGGCCUGGAACAAAGGGGGGCGGGGCCCCAGCAUCUGGGACACCUUCUCGCAUGAGCCAAAACGAAUCCUUGGAGGGGACACCGGCGACAUCGCAUGCGAUCAUUACAAUCGGUUCAAAGAAGAUGUCCAGCUUAUAAAGUCCAUGGGGAUGGGCUGGUACCGCUUCUCCAUCUCUUGGUCCCGAGUCCUGCCGACGGGACGCGGAACAGUCAACACGGAAGGGGUGGCUUUUUACAAUGAACUCAUAGACGAGCUCCUUCGGCAAGGCGUCCGGCCAUUUGUGACAUUGUACCAUUGGGACUUCCCCCAGGCUUUGGAGACCGAAUACGGAGGCUGGUUGAAUGAGCAGGCAGUGCUGGAUUUUCGGGAGUAUGCGCGGGUGUGCUUCCGCGAGUUUGGCGACCGCGUAAAGCACUGGCUCACGUUCAACGAACCCAUGACCUUCAGCAACCUGGGGUGGGGGGAGGGCAUCAUGGCCCCUGGCCGCUCCUCAGACCGCAGCCGGUCUCCGGAAGGCAACAGCGCCACUGAGCCGUAUCUGGUGUCGCAUAACGUGCUCAAGGCGCAUGCUGCAGCGGUGGAGGUCUACCGACAGGACUUCAAGGGUACUCAAAACGGUAGUAUUGGCAUUACGCUCGACUCCGAUUGGUCGGAGCCGUCCACGUCGGCCCCCGAGGACGUGGAAGCUGCGCAGAGACGCCUGGAGUUCACGUUCGGAUGGUUCGCCGACCCGGUCUUUCGCGGUGACUACCCUGCCUCCAUGCGGCGAAAUUUGGGCUCCCGUUUGCCGUCCUUUUCUCCGGCCGAGAGCGCCUCUCUGCGGGGAUCUGUAGAUUUCAUUGGCGUGAAUCACUACACCUCGCGUUGGGUCGGCAACGGCAGCCCCCCCGAGUCGCCCGAGACCAGCUCCUUCUACCGCGACGCCUGGGUUGACGUCACGGCUUUCAAGGACGGCGCGGCUAUUGGUCCACGUGGUGCGUCCGAGUGGCUGUACAUUGUGCCGUGGGGGCUCGAGAAGCUGCUGGUCUGGAUCAGCGAGCGCUACGGGGCGCCGCCCAUCUACAUCACAGAAAAUGGCGUGGACGAGUUGAACGAUCCGGCCCUGCCGCUGGAGGCGGCGCUACACGACCCGACGCGUGUCAAGUACUACCAGGACUACCUGCACAGCGUGCUGCGGGCCAUCAGCCGGGGCGUCGACGUGCGUGGCUACAUGGCCUGGUCCCUUCUUGACAACUUCGAAUGGAUGAUGGGCUACUCGCGGCGGUUUGGGCUGCACUUCGUCGACUACAAGAACGAUCUUAAGAGGUAUCCGAAAUCGUCUGCAAAAUGGUGGACGAGUUUUCUCAACACGACCUAAACGGCACGCUAGAAUGAAGCACGCAGCAAGCAGACAGGUCUCGGUCAACUUGAACUGUUAUUAGUGACUGCUGAAACCUCUUAACAGGCGGAGAUUGCAACGAGUUGGCAUUGUCUUGUGAUUACUCGAUCACAUUCAAUGCAAAGGUAUGUACUGCGCAGUGCUCAGCCUAGAACGUUUGCAGAUAGCUGCCGAUUGACUUGGAUUUAUAAUUUGAAAACACAGGCCAGGUCUGUGCAUCCACGAAA